ACUAUCGGUCGGCCUAACGACAAGGCUUCAUGCGAAGAAGCAACGCCGACCUGCGAACCAUCCCUAGAACUCGAAGGAACAACGACCGUACUUUGGCAACCCACAACCCCUUCCCUCCGACUACUCCAGCCACGACGGUAGUCAGCUUGUAAGAUUCAGCCCACGUUCGCCGGCAUUCACAAUGGCGCCGUCUGCUCAGUUUGAGCUCGCGCAGCCUCCAAGCGACGCCGUAUCCUCAGUCGCCUUUGCGCCAGGCUCAUCAUCACGCAUCAUCGCCUCGUCCUGGGACAAAAAUGUCUACCUGUACUCGAUCGAUGGGGAGCGCUCGGAGGAUGGUGUUCAGGGCUCGUUAAUACGCACGUUUGAGCACCGCGCGCCCGUCAUGGACGUAUGCUUUGGUGCCACAGACUCCGAGGCUUUCAGCGCAGGCAUGGACUGGCAGGUCAGCAGGAUUGACCUGGAGUCGGGCGAGCUCACGAGCCUCAGCAAGCACGCGGCUCCGGUCCGUCAGGUCGUGUAUAGUCGCGAGCACUCACUCCUCAUCUCGGCGUCCUGGGACAGCACACUGCACAUCCACAAGACUGCCGACCCGUCAAGUACACCUCUGACGAUCCACCUGCCCGCAAAACCGCACGCGCUGGCCGCGAGCCCUUCCAAAGUUGUCGUCGCUAUGACGGCGCGCUUGGUACACAUCUACGACCUUGCCACACUAUCUGCCGCUGUAGACACACCAGAGCAGAAGCCACCUUCACCAUGGCAAACCCGCGAGUCGUCAUUGAAGUUUCUCACGCGCGCCGUGGCUGCGAUGCCCUCGGACGCCGGAUACGCGACGUCCUCGAUCGAGGGCCGUGUCAGUGUCGAGUGGUUCGAUGACUCGGCCGAGUCGCAGGCCAGGAAGUAUGCGUUCAAGUGCCACCGCCAGACCUCGCCCGAAGGCACAGACGUAGUGUACCCGGUCAACGCGCUCGCUUUCCACCCGACGUUCGGCACUUUUGCUAGUGGUGGCGGCGACACCACGGUCGCGCUGUGGGAUGCUGAGGCCAAGCGCCGCAUGAAGAUCUAUCCCAAAUUCCCUGAGAGCGUGGCUGCUCUCGCCUUCUCGUCCGACGGACGGUACCUCGCAAUUGCCACGUGUCCGGGCUUUGAGACGGGUAUGGAGGACUACAGCGGGGAAGGUCGAACGAAGAUUCUGGUGCGGGAGCUCAGUGAGACGGAAGCCCGACCGAAGGGUGCGAAAUAGACAAAAGUUGAAAUACAGGCCUAUUCUAACAGCACUACGCAUCGCGACAGACUCAAGCGCAAGCUCG